GCCACGGUCAUACCUAUAGCUCCAGCAGAUUUUUUUUUUAAUUGAAACUGAAGACAAAGGCCGCAGAUCGAGCGACUGGCGCUCUGGUCUAUUUUUUUGUUUUUUUUUUCGACGGGUUUUGCUAAACUAUUUCUCUUCUCGGUACGUGUUGUGAUCCCCCAAUAUCCUAUCUUCGGCUACGCCCCUUCCUCGCCCCCAUUCAACAAAAGCGACGAUCUUACAAAAGAAAGACAAAUAAAAACAAUGCGUACGCGGGCCUCUUAGUGUAUGUGUGUGCGAUGCAAGUGAUUCACUCUGCAAAAAUCUAUAGUAAAAUGAAUUAAACCAGCCAGAGUUUGUAAAUAUGUGUCAAUUAAAGAUCGGUCAGUAACAGAUCAGUUCAAUAUUCGUUGGAAAUUGUUCUAAGCUCGAGGGUCUCUUCCGUUUACUCCCUCGUUGCUCUCUUUGACAGUGUAUUACUUUGUUUUCGUUGCUUCUUUAUGUUGUAAAUAACGACCCAUUUAAACAAGCAGAAAUUGCAUACGAGAAAGGAAAAAGGUAAAAAAGAAAGGCGUAGUCAUGGAACAGGCUCGACCCGUGCCCGCUCCCCGCCGCUUCUAUCCGGAAAUGAGACCCGCCAACUACGAAAACAUCGAUAUCAGGACCCCGAAUAAAAGCCAAACUAAUGUCACAUCUAACAGCGGCAAUAACAAUAAUAACAACGACAACAUGAAGAAGUUAAAUAUAAAUGCAGAAAAUUUGCAUGGAAAUUGUUCGGACCAAAAGAUGACGGUGAGUGGUCAGAACAAGUUGAUGCUGCAGCCGAUUUAUGGGCCGGAUGCCAAUGAGAAUGUCCAGGAGCCAAUGUAUGCCACGCCGAUGCCCGCUCCUCGCCAGCGAAUGCCAACGGAAUCGCCAAGCGAAACGGAAGGGAAUCACGAUGGCGAGCUGUCGCCGCUGCGCAUCCUACGUGUUGCUCCACAGGUACCGUCCAAGCCCGAUCAGCGUUCAUCAGUCUGCAGCGAAAUAUCUAGCACCAUGACCGUGGGCAGAACUGACGAGGAUCGGUACGCGUCGAACAUAUCGCUUGACUACAGCGAGAGCUCCCACAGCGGCAAGUUCAAGUCGCAGUCACCCGGGUACGUAGACGCCUUCGAAUCAUCCUCCAUCUAUAAGUCGCAGGAGCACGGGGAGGAUCCAGAAGAAGGUCAGUCGUCCUGCUCCGGGGAACAGUCCGAAAGCCGAGAUAGCGACGAUGACAAAAACCUUUUGCGAUCUCUGGGCACCACUUCAAAGAUGCUGGGCGAAUCCAUCGGUGAGCGGAUUACAUCCAAGGCUAAGGGAGCCAAAAAGCGUCUGGACAAGAACCUUAAGAACUCCACUGAAGCGAUAAGCAAUCUCGGCGCGGAUGCGGGUCGGAGCCUAAAGCACGCCAGCAAGAGAUUUGGCUCGAACUUUAGCAGUCUAGGACGAGCGAAGGACAAGAAUGAUGGCGAUGACGGUGUCGGAGCAGAAGCAUCGUGUGCAACGGAUCUUAGCCGUCGCCAGACGAUGCCUAGCACGGAGGUUUUCAGUUCCAUUCAGUUCUCCAGUCCGCUUAAUCGCAAGGGAGGUCUUCCUGAUUUAAGGCAAGACCAGGACGGCGGCUAUCCCUUGGAGGGCAAGAAGGCGGCUGAUCUGCGCGAGGACGACGGCUGCUACGAAGUGCCCAAGACACAGGGCAAGCCGCCCAGCUAUGAUGAAGCUCUGCGUUCACGUCCUUCGCCCAGUGCCUUGCCAAUGGCCAGGAAUCUUGCCCAGGAUGCCGUCCGACUGGUGCAGCUGCGCAGUCAGCGGCAGGUAAAUGUUCAAUUAAACAGCAACAGUUCCUCCAGCGGCGACGAUUCGCCGCACCCCCUGCCAAUGCCUGCCUUUCCGCCACCCCGCCUGUCGCAGCAGCCCGAGCAGUUCCGCCUGGACGCACUACAGCCGCCGCGGCGGCAGAAGCGGCGUAAAAACUACGAGCACAUCGAGUUGCGACGUCCGCCCGUAAACUCCGAGGAGCUGGAGGAGCUUAACAGGGCGGCGGCGGCUGUUGAGCGCGAGGACUCCUUGCAGAUAUCUGCCAGUAAUGCCGAGGCGGAGUCCAAGGCGCCAAAGCCCGAGCGCAGUGAUUCCUGGGAGUUUUACGGCGACGAAAAGAUUGAGAAGGAAGAGGAGGCCGAUGAUUCCUCUCCGGAACCGGUGUACGCCAACCAUGAGGCAACCUAUGGGAAGCUCUUCGAAAUGGCCACCGCCGGAAGUAGUCGCAGCCAUUUGCUCACUCCCAAUCAAGUGACCGAGCAGCAGUUGGCCUGCAUCAGCGAGAAUGCGGAGGAAGGAGCUGUGGGCGGUGUUCCCCUGCCGCUGGAACUGAUCGAGGAGUUUGAUCCCCUAACUAGCAAGAGCUCCACGUUGGCCAGAUCCAACAAGAGCAAUGAGCUGCUGCUCCUUGAACAUCUCCUCGAGGAUGAAACCUAUGGCACUGUAAAACGCGAGCAGGACAAUGUUAGCAUGUGCACUUCCGAGGAGGAGCCGUCCUCCUCGGUGCCACCGUGCAUCGUAUCAAAGGAGCAGCCGCAAAUAGUUCACCAGAAUUCCCAAUUGCUAAGCGACUGCUUGGAGCAUAUGCUGGACUCUGAACAGGAGACUGCCCGCGACGAGGAGCGAGCCAAGCCCUAUUUAACCAGAAAGCCAGCCAUCGACAAUAAAGACGUGGCCGUGGAUCUGGCCAGUGCUUCGAGGAACCGGACCAAUUGGUUUGUGGCAGAGAACGCCGUUGUCCCUGGUUUUGGUUCAUCUGGCGUACCGACCGUAGCCUCCCCCAUUGAAGGCGACAGCCCGCCCACUUAUCUUGAGGCCGUUGGAGAGGGUGGCAAGGAGAUGGCCGCUAACAGUCAAGAUAACCGUUCCACCAUUGGUUCCCGCUUCAGGCAGACCAUCAACGCCUUUUCCAAUGUCAAGCUACGCAUGGACGCCAUGAAGAGGAAGGCCAGCUUUCGGGCAGCCAAUCAGCGCCAGUCGGACCUGAAGGUGGCUCUACAGAUGGUGCCGCGACCGUGUCUGUCACCCCUCCUCGUUCGAUACGAGGGACCGCUGGUGCGCUUUCCCACGGGUGUCGUGGAGGACAUACUCAAGGAAAUACAGAACCGCAAGGCCAUACUCAGGGAGCGACAGUUUCAGACGUUCCUUGACCAGGAGAUGAAAACGCCAAGGGAGGUGAUACCCCUGGAAACGGUCACCACCCUGCAAUGCGUGAGCAACAGCCGCGUCACCGAUACGACCACUCACUUCUACUGCUUCGAAAUCACCACUUCGCAGCCAAAGAAUGGCAGCGGGGCUGGCGACGCCAUGUCCACGAAUCCCAAUCUCCUGAUGACCAGCAGCUCGUCGGGCAAUGUGAAACAGCAGCGCGUCUCGCACCUCUAUGGCGUGGGCAAGGAGUCGGAGCGCGGCGUAUGGAUGCAAAAGAUCCUCGAGAGUCUUACAAACAGCCUACCAGUGAAGUACUCCUGCCAUUACUACCGCGCCGGGUGGUGCUAUCUCAAGACCUCCAUCACCUCGGAGUGGAGUGGCACUUGGUUGGUGCUUCGCAAGAGCCAACGACGCCUAAUCUUCGUGAGCGAGUCGAACGGAAACAUAGAGAAGCUGGAUCUGCGCAAAGCCAGGUGCAUAGUGCUGAAGGAGAGUGAUGAGUCUAUCGAAAAUCUGCACGUGGAGAGCGGUCCUAUGCUGAUGAUCGACUGUCCACCGUACGCCGUCUACAUGAUCAUGAGUUCCGCGAGGGAGACGAAGAUCUGGCGACACAUCAUCCGCGAAGUGGCGCACAACAAUGGCUUCUCGCUGGGCGACCAGCAACUGACGCGCUACGACGUGCCCGUGAUUGUGGACAAAUGCAUCAACUUUGUCUACAUUCACGGGUCCAUGUCGGAGGGAAUAUACCGUAAGUCCGGAUCGGAAAACUCCAUGCACAAGCUGAUGAGUGCUUUCCGUGCGGAUGCCUUCAAUGUGGAGAUCACCCGGAACGAGUACAACGAGCACGAUGUGGCUAAUGUGCUGAAGCGCUUUAUGCGCGACCUGCCUGAGCGGCUGCUGGGCAAGCUCACGGACAGCUUUGUGUUCGUCACGGAGCUGGCUGUGGCUGCCGAGAAAAUACCCAUCUACAGAGAGCUGCUGGCUAGACUCUCCGCCAUCGAACGCGAGACGUUGCGCCGGAUUGUGGGUCACCUGGUGUUUAUCAACUCGCAGCAGGCCAAGAACAAAAUGAGUGUCCAGAACCUGACCAUGAUCUGGGGGCCAACGCUGCUAGCCAAGAAGAGCGAUGAGCUGGUCUAUUCGCAAAAGGAGGCGGAUGUGCUGAGCGAUCUCAUAGUGUUCUACAAGAAUCUAUUUCCCUGCAGCCCCGAUGAAGUGAAACGGGAACAGGCCAUGCUGGCGUGCCUGCAAAAGUAUUACGCUGCUGCCGAGACGCUCAAAGAUGCCGUGAAGCAAUCGGGCGACAUCAAAAUCUGGAUUUGUCUGAACCCCAAUCCAGGCAAUACCACAGAGGAAAAGACACAGGUGAAUGCGACCAUUUCACCCACAAAGAACGCCUAUGAGCUGUGCCGCGAAUACUCCGCCAAAAUGCAGUUGUCCACUCACCAGCUGACCCUGUACGAAGUGAUACUGAACGACAGCUUAGAACGACCGCUUCACCACGAUACUAAAGUAUUUGAUGUGAUCCUCAACUGGUCGUAUUGGCCGGAGGAGGACCGCAAGCACAACUAUCUGGUGAUACGUCCGAUCGAGAUGCUGCAUGAGAUCCAGCGCGCGGUGAAAAAUCUAGCCACCGUGACGCCCGGCAAGGAGCUACGGUUCGCCGACUACCGCACCAAGACCUUCAAGACGCUGCAGUGCGAGCUGCGCGACGGGAAGAUAGUGGUGUCUAAGAAGGACAAGAACGACAAGACGACUAUUGUGCGCGAGGUGUUCUUGCAGAGCUGCACAGUCUAUUUGGGUUGUGAACGCAAGCGGGACUUUCCUUGGAGCUGGGCCAUCACAUUCGUGGAGCGCACACAGGCGCAAAUCAUGAGAUCGCGCGAUGCUCCCUAUAUUGGCCACGUCCUGGCUGGCAGUGAAUGGAUGGAUCGCACAAUCUGGUACGCUAGCAUCUGGUACUGCCUGUACAAGGACAACAUCCUGCCCCCAGCGGAUAUAAUUUUUAAGUAGAACAAACAUACAUAUAUAUAUCGUGUAAUUUCCUUCUUAAGAGUGCAUUUCGUGUAGGUAUAUUCUGAAUUUAUUCUCCAUAGUUAGGCACUAAAUACUUUAAAUGUACAUAUAUAGGCACUUCCACAAUCCACAAAAAACGAAAGUAGUUUUUGAGGUCAACCAAUUUAAUCGUCAAUUCAGCAGCAAUAUUUUUGUGCUACUAAUUUUUAAAGGUUAGUGCACCGAUGUUUCUUAAAAAGUUUUUUUUUUUUUUUUAUUUACGUGGAAUAUUUUUCUAUUCAUUUUUUUGUUUGAAGUAGACUCUUAAGAGAAAGGUUUAGAACAUGCCCUUUUUAUGAUGUUUUUAAUCAAAAUAAUACAAAAUCGAGCUUGUGCUGCAUUGCAUUCGAAUAUUUCGAGAGCUGGUAUAGAAUAUGCUAGAUUCAGUCAAAUUUGGCCAAUUGGAACCCUUUUUCCUGUAACUGUAUUACAAAAAAGAUUUUAGAGAGCUUUCAAUUUUUUGUCCGCGGUGGACCUUCAUGUGGAAUUCCCCAUAUGAAGAUAGCAACAUUCUGUAAAUAAUUAUUAUGUCCAUGAAUUAUUAUCAAAAAUCAAUAUUCUACAUACACCCUAUGGGAAAGGAUUGUAACGUUAAGCCCAUGUUCCAUUUGUCUACAGAAUAGCUCAUUUCCUGAACUAUCUAGCUUUAUUCUAGACACAGGAAAGCAACUUUUAGUAAGGCCAGGCCGCUUAGUGCAUCAAAUUAUGGUUAAGUUAGUUAUUUUCAGUUUACCCUUCAAGUUACACAGAAAAAGCCCUUAAAGUCCAAGUGCAAGAUAAAUAUUUCAUGGCAAUAAAUCCGAUGUAUUACAAAAAUAUUUUCCUCUUUACUUAUUAUGCCUUGCGGGUAUUGUAAUUUUUGCCCAGAAGUUUGCAACGCAUUCAAAAAGUAUGUAUAUAUUCUUGAUUGGCAUUACGUUACGUUGUCUGUCUGUACGUUAAGCUAUCUCCUUUUAUAAAUGCCAUUUUUUUACGAUUUGAGAAUUUAGGCUUUUACUUUAUCUAUAUUAUUUCAAAUAACUGCCAUACUAUGACACUUUUUUUCAGCACAUAGUAUAUAUUACCUGAGGUUAUUAUUUAUAAUAUGGUUUUCAAUAUUUCAUUACUAUAUCCUACAGCUGCUGAAUGCGAAAAAAAUGUUAAUUAUAUAGGUCAAAGUAAUAAAAUUUAAAAUAAUUUUGUUUGCUUUCAUUUUAUAGGUAAUGAGCUACUAUGUACAUAUAAGUAUUAUAUGUGAGGAACAUCAGCAAACGUUUGGUGUUUUUACAUAUAUAUGUAUGUAUAGGUGUUUCCUUUUGGUCUUGUUAGAUUUUAGUUUUAUUUUGAUCGAAGUGGAUAGAUCUUCAAUGAUCCAAUUGCAAACUGCAAAGGUGGACAAACUUCCCGAAGGCGUCCCGAAGCUAGCUUUCUUUCUUUCCAUAAUUGUUAUUUUACAAAUUUCGUAGAAUAUGUCAUAUGGGAGCUAUAUGAUAUAGU